AUGUCAUUCACGGAGAGUAAAUUUCAAGAUGAUUCAGUUUUUCAAGUGAUCGAGAGGGAUUAUUUAACCCUGGAUGACGACGAAUGUAAAAGAAACAGCGAGCUAUUGAAGAUGAUUGUCGAGGAAAACUUUAUCCAUUUGAUGAAAAGGGAUAAACUUUUUGCAACGAUUUUUAAUCGAGUUGUCUAUGGAGGCAGUUAUUACAAGGGUACCAAAUAUGGGCGACCAAAUGAAUUCGACUUGUAUUUGGUGCAUAAAUUAGACAACUUCGGCACUGACUUAAUGAUUGAUUCAGAUUACUAUCAUCCUGGAUAUGUAAAAAUAAUGGCCAAUUAUAGAAAUUCUGGUUUUCUAAGGUUUAAAGAAGAACUUGAAAAGAUGACAGAUUUCAAUAAUUAUUUGGAUCAUGAAAAAUUCCGAGCUUGGUUGGAAGGAGUAUUUACAAAGGCUUUCGAAACUUUACCCAGCGCAUCUUCCGCAUCUUCUAAUAGUCGAAAUAUGUAUCGUUUUAGCCUCAAAAAAACGGGACCUGCAUUUACUUUAACGGUUAAAGCGCCGAACGAUACUAAUGUAUUUGAUGUCGAUCUUGUUCCAGCGAUCGAGUUCAAUAGUAUCCACUUGAGUACUGAAUACAAAAAUUAUAACAAAUAUAAAAGACCGUGUUUCGUGAUUUCAAAGCCCCUCUACAAAAGUAUACCAAAUGAUAACUUAUUUUGGCGGUUAUCGUUUUCCGAAAAUGAAAAAAACAUUUUAAGUGGAGAGCUUAAGCCAGUUAUAAAAAUGAUGAAAAAAUUCCGUGAUACUCAGGAAAUGAAGAGUAUCAAAAGUUAUUUCAUUGAGACCAUAUUCUACCACGAGUUGGAGAACCACAAAUACCAUUUAGGACAAUUUGAAAGAAGUUCAAAAACGCAGUUAUUUAUCCAUGGACUCAGAAAAUUGAGAGAAGCUCUGAAAAAUGGGAAACUUCCAUAUUUUUGGCACGAGCGUCUAGAUUUAUUUCAAAAGAUGUCUCGGAACGAGUUAGAGAAUCACGCCAAUCGUCUGGGCUCCAUUCUUGAUGAUAUCGAGAGGCAAAUUGGUUACAACAAACUCAUACUAAAGAAAUAUAUUUGUGGGACAUCAUAAUUUUUUUAUAUACUUUUUUAUACAUUUUUUUAUCUUAACUUUAAUGAUUUAUUUUUAUUAAAAAAAUUUCUAUUCCCUUUGAAUUUCAGUAACUGAUCGUUAGUCUAAACACUUAACUUUUACAAUGUAUAAUGUAAAGUCGUUUCAUUUUGACUUUAAUAUGUAAUAAUAAAUGUUUUGACGAAUCGUUUUUUACUCAAACGUUUUUCCAAGUA